AACUCAAACACAUGCUGGUGGACGGUGGUGGAUAUCAUUCACCAACCCGAACUCGCCCAUCUCCAAAGUCCAAACAACUCAAUGAUCCGUCAAUUUUCCCAAACUUUUCCAAUUCCCACCUUCCGCUUCACCACGCUUAACUACUCUCUUCUUUUUUAUCCCUAUAUCUACUUCUCACUAAUUAAUGGCUUUCGAUUUGUUCUUUUGGCUCUUCAUUUCUUUCCCUUUCAAUGUUGCCCUUUUAGCCUCAGCUUUCUACCAGGUUUUGAUGUUAUCUGACUUAGAAGGGGACUAUCUAAACCCAUAUGACGCUUCAUCUCGGAUCAAUUACUUUGUGGUUCCUGAAUUUAUUGGUCAAGGAUUAUUAUGCGCUCUCUUCCUCUUCACGGGUCACUGGUUCAUGUUUUUUUUCAUGCUUCCUCUUGCUUCCUAUCAUGUAAUGCUGUAUGUUAAACGACAGCAUCUCCUUGAUGUUACUGAAGUGUUUAGGGUACUCAAUGCUGAGAAGAAAUUUCGGAUAGCCAAACUUGCUUUUUAUCUAACAAUGGUUAUCAUAACCAUCUUCAGGCAAAGGAUUAGGAUUCAUGCUGCUGGAAGCAUAAAAUUUUAUAAUUCUAGGUUUGAAUAGUUAGAUGCCCGGGACACUAUUCUCGGAUACUAAUUAUAAAAGAAUGAAAAUGAGACUUUCUUGAUAGUAGUGAGUAGAACUCCUUUUGGGUGCAAGAUUAAUGUAUUUUAUUUGGUGUAUACAUUAAUUUUCUUGAUAAAAUAGUAAAUAAUAUAUACACCAAAUUGUUAAUGUAUUUUAUUUGGUGUAUAUAUUAUUUAAUAUUUUAUAACUUAAUCACGACAAUUUGUAAUUUUACCAAAAUACGUUUUUGAAGAUUAUAGGACUAUGAUAAUUUAUAACUUUUGCCCAAUAUACAUUAAAAGAUUAGUUACUAGAUUUUUAAUCACUACAGUUUAAGUCAUAUCUUGUAAUCUUCGUGGGAACUCUAUCCAUGAUUAAAUAAUAAGUUGCCUGGUAGUGGAGUUUGAGUGGUUCUCAUGAAUGACAGUAACUGCUUGAAGUGAUGAAAUUGAAAAUUACUGUUAAUGUUUUUUUCCCUUGCUAUUCCAUAAUGAUUCAGCGUAUCAUCCACCUUUACCAAAUUUAAUCUGUAUAUCUUGAUAUCAACUUCAUAGUGAUUUGGAAAGUGACUGGUCUAUACCUCAUUGAUUGUUUAACUAUAGUUGGGUUUAAGUUUAGUACUUGUUUUAGAAUAUAUGGAAAAUUUCAAAUCAGAUUUAAGUUGUAAGUUAGAGAAAUUUACAAUAUUUUGGACUAUAUCUUUAGGAUUGGUUUUCACUUAUCUAUAUAUUUCAUGAUUUGUUUAUGUACUUUAAUUAGGAUUAGAAGAGUCAAGUAUUAGUUUAAAUAAAUGCCAGUGCUUAGUCUUUUGUAUCUGUUAUGAUUCCACGUUGUCAAGCGAUAUGACCACCCUUGAGCUAGCUUUUGGGGCAGAGUUAAGCCUAAAAUCCAAAUUCUAAGAGUAUCUAACUAUAAUCACAAUUCAAAGUCUUCAGUCUUUCCGUUUCCUCUUUCCUUAUCUAAAACUUUGUAAUAGUGUAAAUUGCUUUUAUUCAUUCUUUCCUUUAUCCAAAUUCUAAGAGUAUCUAACUAUAAUCACAAUUCAAAGUCUUCAUUCUUUCCUUGUCUAAAACUUUGUAAUAGUGUAAAUUGCUUUUAUUCAUACACCAAG